AGAUCUGGGGGUAAGAGUCCCCUGGCUAGCCCUGCUCUUCCAGGCUCCCAGAAGUCUCAGGUCAGAGGGCUCAGGUCAAAAACCUCUGGAGCUCUGGUCUGCUGGGACCAUGGACUGGCAGCAGCUGUGGCUGAGUUUCUUACUCCCCAUGAUAGUCUCAGGCCGGGCUCUGGGACCUACAGAGAAGGAGGCAGUCUUGGAUUAUCUGUUGCAGUAUGGGUAUCUACAGAAACCUCUAGAAGGAGCUGUUGACUUCAGGCUAGAAGAUAUCACAGAGGCCCUAAGAGCUUUCCAGGAAGCAUCGGACCUGCCAGUUUCAGGUCAGAUGGAUGAUGACACAAGAGCCCGUAUGAAGCAGCCCCGUUGCGGUCUGGAGGAUCCCUUCAACCAGAAGACCUUUAAAUUCCUGCUUCUGGGCCGCUGGAGAAAGAAGCACUUGACGUACCGCAUCUUGAACCUUCCCUCCACCCUCUCACCCUCCAGAGCCCGGGCAGCACUGCAUCAAGCCUUUAAGUACUGGAGCAGCGUGGCCCCUCUGACCUUCCGGGAGGUGAAGGCUGGUUGGGCUGACAUCCGCCUCUCCUUCCAUGGCCGCCAAAGCCCCUACUGCUCCAACACUUUUGAUGGGCCUGGGAAGGUCCUGGCCCAUGCUGACAUCCCAGAGCUUGGCAGUGUACACUUUGAUAAUGAUGAAUUCUGGACUGAGGGAACCUACAAAGGAGUGAACCUGCGAAUCAUUGCAGCCCAUGAAGUGGGCCAUGCCUUGGGACUUGGACACUCCCGAUAUACCCAGGCACUCAUGGCUCCUGUCUAUGCUGGCUUCCAGCCCUACUUCAAGCUGCACCCAGAUGAUGUGGCAGGGAUCCAGGCUCUCUAUGGCAAGAAGAACCCAGAGGCAGAAGAUGAGGAGGAAGAGAUCAGGAUUAGCACUGUGCUACCAGUGACCACAAAACCCAGUCCCAUGCCAAACCCCUGCAGCAGUGAACUGGAUGCCAUGAUGCUGGGGCCUCGUGGGAAGACCUAUGCUUUCAAGGGGGACUACGUGUGGACGGUAACAGAUUCAGGGCCGGGCCCCUUGUUCCGAGUGUCUGCUCUUUGGGAGGGGCUCCCUGGAAACCUAGAUGCUGCUGUCUACUCUCCUCGAACAGGAUGGAUUCAUUUCUUCAAGGGAAACAAGGUGUGGCGAUAUGUGGGUUUCAAGAUGUCUCCUGGCUUUCCCAUGAAACUCAACAGGGUGGAACCCAACCUGGAUGCAGCGCUCUAUUGGCCUGUUAACCAAAAGGUGUUUCUGUUUAAGGGCUCAGGGUACUGGCAAUGGGACGAGCUGGCCAGAACCGACUUCAGCCGCUACCCCAAACCAAUCAAGGAGUUGUUUACUGGAGUGCCGGACCGACCCUCAGCAGCGAUGAGCUGGCAAGAUGGCCAAGUCUACUUCUUCAAGGGCAAAGAGUACUGGCGUCUUAACCAGCAGCUUCGAGUGGCAAAGGGCUAUCCCAGAAAUGUCACGCACUGGAUGCACUGCCGUCCUCAGACUCCAGACACUAACUUGUUACCUGGGGACGUUGCCACCUCAAGCCCCAUCUUGGAUGCCACUCCCUCAUCUGUGGGCUCAGUCUUGGACAUUACCCCGACAGCUACGGACUCUCCCACCCUUUCACUCCCUGCCUAAGAACUAAAUGGGUGUCUGCUCAUUAGGACUGUGCAUAUGGUACAGCACUGACACUAGCCAUACAUUUCAUGCCACUAAAUAUUCCAGUUUUGGACAUCACGUUCGUGUGCUCCUACAGGGUACCCCCUUGAUUCUGAGUCGGUCCCCAGUUCCCAUUUCCCUUUGUCACAUAGCUCUUUCAAGUGUGUCAUCUAUUCUCUAGUGGAGGGAAAUUGUCAAUCAGGUUUUUGAUUUCUUUUUUUUUUUUUUUUUUAAAUCUAUUUUUGGGCAGGGUCUCUUUUUACAUAGUACCAGUUAUGGCUGUUCUGAAACUGUCUGUGUAGACCAGGCUGGCCUCAAACUCACAGAUAACCACCUGCCUCUGCCUCUGGAGCUCCUGAGUGCUGGGAUUAAAGGUGUGCAACACCAUGCCUGGCUAGUGUUCUUUUAUUAUUAUUGUUGUUGUUGUUUUGUGUGCAUUGGUGUUUUUCUUGCCUGUAUGCCUGUGUGAGGGUGUCAGAUCCUCUGGAACUGGAGUUACAGACACUGUGAGAUGCCAUGUGGGUGCUGGGAAUUGAACCCAGGUCUGGAAGAGCAGUCAGUGCCCUUAACUGCUAAGCCAUCUCUCCAGACCCCAUGUUCUAUUUUUUGUUUUGCUUUUUUGAGACAGUGUUUCUCUGUAUUGCUUUGGAGCCUGUCCUGGAACUCUGCUCUGUAGACCAGGCUGGCCUCGAACUCACAGAGAUCCCCCUGCCUCUGCCUACCGAGUGUUGGGACUAAAAGAUUUAAGGUAGGAAUUCCACGCCUGGAUGUCAGUAGGUUUUUAGGUAACAGGAGGCAACAGCUAGGCUACUGGAUAUCUGGUUUCUGUUCUUCCAAUGUAAAGGGCAAGAAACAGCACAGCCAGUAAAUUGAGCUUUGGAGUCCUUGAACCAUUUGACCAUUUCAGCAAGCUAAUUUACCUUGUAAAACCUUGGAUUCUCUAUUAAUAAAAUAAGGUUAAUAUCAAUGUUAUAAGAUUGUUAUGUUAGAUGAAAUACUAUAUGUGAAGUAUCUGGUGGAGUCUGGCAUAUUUGUAUUAAUAAAGGCUAACUUCAUGUUCCUGAGAGAGAACUGUG